UCAUCCCUUGCAAAGCAUUCGAUUUCCGUUGCAAUAUUGCAAUCUCAGGUAACUCGCCGAGGUCACAGUGGCAGCCUUUCACAAAUUCACCGCUGUCUCGGCCAGUUUUCGCAAGCACUUGGCGAGGAUCGGAAUACAUUUGCCAUGAGCCAGAUAAGUGCCCUGAUGGAGGGCGUGACGGUGGAACAGCUGGACUUCCCGCCCCUGGUGCUGGGCGAAGGACCCUACUGGAUCGAGAGCCUCCAGGCCCUCAUGCUCGCCGACGUCUACAGCAACAUCCUCAGGAGGCGCUUCUUCCCCUCCGGCAGACACCAGGUCCUUCAUCUAGGCGAGACCGGCGGCCCCAACGACCUGGUGACAGCCGCGAUCCCGGUGGAAGACGAGGCCGACCUGUACGUGGCCGCGACGGGGAAGGACCUGUCGUUUCUGCGCUGGAGGGCACGGGAUCCCGACGACCACAACACGACCGCGAAGUCCGUCCACACGACCUACGACUUCGGCUUCAACGACGCCAAGUGCGACCCUCAAGGCAGACUCUGGGCAGGCACGGUAUCCCUGCUGGACAAAGGCGAAGAAGCGACGGAAGCUAAUUCUUCGCUGUACAGGAUGGACAGUAACCUCGUUGUCACUGAAUGGGCUCCGGUGUUCCUCUCCAACGGCCUGGCCUGGAGUCUGGACCGGAGGAGCUUCUACUUCGUGGACACUCACACUCGCACCAUCGACGCCUUCGAUUACGACGACGAGUCCGGAGCCAUCAGCAACCGCCGCCUGCUUCUCGACUACGCCAAGGCCGACCUGAGAGAUCAAGUUCCCGAUGGAAUGGCGAUCGACGUCGACGGGAACCUGUGGGUGGCGUCCUUCGGCGCACAUCAGGUCAUCUGCCUGAACCCCAGCUCUGGCAGGAUCCUCCGCCGGGUCACCGUUCCGGCCAAGAACCCGACUUCGGUGUGCUGGGGGGGGCCCGACUACUCCACCCUCUUCGUGACUUCGGGAACCCUCUUCAUGACCCCGGAGGAGGUCGCGGCUAACCCGUCUUCGGGAAGAACCUUUGCCGUGACGGGUCUUGGCACCAAGGGCCUCCCUGCUGCGCGGUUCAGGGUCACUUCUGAGCAGCUCCGGGCACGAAGGGUGUUUGUGUGACGGGAUUUAGGGAUGGGCACUGUCAUGGCAUAGUGGGGAUAUGAUGCAGUAAGAUGACGAUGAGAUGAGUAAUAGAAAGUGGCUUUGAAUGCUGUUUAAGCCACAGUCACAAACGUAUUUUUAAGGAUUCACUAUCUAUUUCCAGUUUCAGUUUAGCACUUGUAUUUCACACUUCUUCCUGUUAUAGUUCGCUGUUUCGGUGAAUAUGCGCAAAAAUUAAAGUAAGAUUUAUGCUUUUCCGUUAGAAAAAAAAUAUUGAAUAAUUUCUAACGAUAAUAAUUAAAGUUUUGUCUGUAUUGUCAUUUUCAGCUUUUACA